AAUGCGAGUUGCGCCUUGGGCUGUUGAAGUCUCCAGCUCUUGUCCCGGUUAGCUGUGACUCUCUGGGUGCUUGGGAGGGCCUGGUCUCAGCCCUGCGGGCCAAGCGAGGGGUUGGCCGCCGCGCGCGCACUCCUGCGGGGGGACCAAGGCAGAGGUAGAGCGCAGCGCAGCCGGGCAGCUGCCGGGCCUCCAGGUGGUGAGGGCUGACGCCAGGUCCUUCCUCCUUAGGCGGGAAGCUCCGACCCGGUGGGCGUCUCAACAGGCUUCGGGUCCCGGCGGAGGCCGCUGGCGAGAACUCUGGGACUCGACCUUGGGCGCGCGGGCCCUCCUGCCUUGACCCCCGCCCCACCCGGCGUUCCCGCAGCCUGCGUGCGUCUCGCCUGCUCUGUCCGCGUCCCUGUCGUGCUGUGCCUGACCGUGUCCCCUACGCCGAGAGAGAGGAACCUCCGCGGUGACUUAUUCCCUCCCGGGAGUCGAGGGACGUCCCUUCUAGAGUCGGACUUAUUUUCACUUCUCAGGCGAGAAAAGACAGAAGCUUGUAGAGAGGUCUCGUAAAGGUGCAUUACUUAAACGAAGGGAACCGUGUCCGUCGUUUCCUUUUCCUCUUUGUCUUUGAGUUAUCCUUGGCUGAACGAUGAUCUGCAGUGGGAAGCGGGUGGCAGUGAUGCUUCAUAGCCGGCACCCCCUAAAAUCCAAAAGCGACAACUGAUCUGGUAUGACUCAUGUUACCGACCAAGCCUCACACAGCUACCUGUCAUACCAUGCUUUCCUGUGAUAUUUGUGGUGAAACAGUAACCUCAGAACCAGACAUGAAGGCUCACCUCCUAAUUGUUCACACGGAAAAUGAAGUUAUAUGUCCGUUUUGCAAGUUGUCAGGUGUGAAUUACGAAGAAAUGUGUUUUCAUAUUGAAACUGCUCAUUUUGAGCAGAAUGCAUUAGGAAGAAACUUUGAGAGGGUCAGUACAGUACAAUAUGAAACUUCAGAUCACAAGAAAGACAACACCCUACAGUGUGUAAUGGAAGUUAAUUCAAGUAUCCAUUCAGCCUGUGCAUCUAAUCCAAAAAGUUCAGCACAAAGCCUCCCUAACGAUAGUGCUUUAAAACAUGAAGCCUUCUCUUCAGAGAACUUAACUGAAUCUAGAAAAUUCCUGAAAAGUAGGGUAAAACACUCUAACAUAACCGAGAUAAAAGGAUCAAUUUAUGAAACAGUGUACAGUCCUCCGGAAUGUCCAUUCUGUGGAAAAAUAGAGGCGCAUAGUCAAGAUAUGGAAACUCAUGUGAAAAUAAAGCAUGCCAGUCUUUUAGACAUUCCACUACAAGACUGUGAUCAGCCACUCUAUGACUGCCCUAUUUGUGGGCUAACGUGUGCAAACUACCAUAUUCUCCAGGAACAUGUUGACUUGCACUUAGAAGAGAGCAGCUUUCAACAAGGCAUGGAUAAAGUCCAGUGCUCUGCUGAUCUAGAAUUGGCUCACCAGCUUCAACAAGAAGAAGACAGAAAGAGAUCUGAAGAAUCCAGACAAGAAAUAGAAGAAUUUCAGAAGCUGCAGAGACAAUAUGGUUUAGAUAAUUCUGGAGGAUACAAACAACAACAACUGCGAAAUAUGGAGAUAGAAGUCAAUAGAGGAAGAAUGCAUCCAUCUGAAUUUCAUAGAAGAAAAGCUGAUAUGAUGGAAGCCUUAGCUGUUGGUAUUGAUGAUGGAAAAACAAGAACUUCUGGAAUUAUUGAAGCACUUCAUAGGUAUUACCAGAAUGCUGCCUCAGAUGUGAGGCAUGUGUGGCUUUCUACAGCAGUGGAUCACUUUCAUUCAUCUUUAGGCGACAAAGGCUGGGGUUGUGGUUACAGAAACUUCCAGAUGCUACUUUCAUCAUUAUUGCAAAAUGAUGCUUAUGAUGAUUGCUUAAAAGGUAUGUCGGUUCCUUGCAUUCCAAAAAUCCAGUCCAUGAUUGAAGAUGCCUGGAAGGAAGGUUUUGAUCCUCAGGGGGCCUCUCAAUUUAAUAACAGGUUGCAGGGAACAAAGGCCUGGAUUGGAGCAUGUGAAGUAUAUACACUCCUGACCUCCCUAAGGGUAAAGUGCCGUAUUGUAGAUUUUCACAAGUCGACUGGUCCUUUGGGUACGCACCCUCGCUUAUUUGAGUGGAUAUUGAACUAUUAUUCCUCAGAGAGGGAAGGGAGUCCAAAGGUAGUGUGUACAUACAAACCUCCUAUCUAUCUUCAACAUCAAGGUCAUAGUCGAACUGUUGUUGGAAUUGAAGAGAGGAAAAACAGAACAUUAUGUUUACUGAUAUUUGAUCCUGGGUGUUCUUCUCGAGAAAUGCAGAAACUAUUAAAGCAAGACAUAGAGGCUAGCAGUCUCAAGCAACUCCGGAAGUCUGUGGGAAAUUUAAAACAUAAGCAAUACCAGAUAUUGGCAGCAGAGGGCGCACUUUCCCCAGAGGAGAAAGUUGCCAGGAGACAAGCUUCUCAAGUCUUUACAGCCGAGAAGAUUCCUUGAAGGAUUAAUUAAGCAUUGCAGUGAUUGGGAACUGUAAUUUGUUUUCUAAAUUUAGAUAUUGAACUCCUUAAUACAACUUACGAAUCUGUGAAUUCUCUAAGUACUCAGCAUAUAAUUUGAUUUCUAAAAUGUCUAUGUUAAUUAAAUUAUACCUGUAAUCCUUCAUUGUUUAGUAAUUAUUUCAAUAAACUAUCUUGUUUGCAAUGUA